AUGGCUCGCUCCUACACCACCUCAUUAACAUCCCUCCCACCCUUCCGCCUCCUCCUCUACGUUCUCCCCAUCCUCAUGAUCGACUCCAUCAUCGAGCUCUCCUUCGUCUCCGCCAUGGUCGGCUUCCUCCACGGGCGCGCCAACGGCUUCUUCAUCGUCGACUAUCCAGGAACCGACUCCACAUCCGGUCCCAACACCUUCGAGCUGUGGGCAAAACCUAAAGUCCUCCUCGAAAACCAGGGCCACACCUCCAACGGCGCCGCCGGCACGGGCUUCGUCCUCAUCGGCUUCGGCGGCCUUUUACUGAUCUGGUGGGAGAAGCGGCGCCUGAGAAACACCGCCUCUACAAAGCCCUCGGGUCUAUUUACGACCUACGUCGUCCUCACCUUCCUGUCAACCCUCCUCUGCCUAGCAGCACUGAUCUACACCUUCGUGCUCACGCACAACCACACCGGCCAAACCAUUGACCUCGCAGUUGCGUCCCAAACACCAGCGCCCAGACCUUACCCGCUGGAUGAAUGGACGCCGGAGAAUUGGUUCGGGGCUGUGUUGGACCAGGUUCCGUUGAGGACGGAUAGUGAUAGGAGCAAGCUGCGGGAUGAGCUGAGAAUCAUGCGGGGUUGGAGGUGGAACCUGGUGCCGUUGUUCAUGGUCAAUGUUUUGGUGGCUUCGGUCGCUGGGUGGGAGUGGUGGCGGCUGAGGAGGGGUGCUGUUUCGAGAGGGCAGGCGGUGGCGAAGGAAGGCACUCCUAGUCUCUGA